GCCACCCCCCCUCCUCACGUACACCGGUUCAGAGCCACCUUAAAAGCGGGUGGCUACUGUGAAGUUGCUGGCCAGUAAGUGGUGUAGAGACUACGGAGUACAUACAGAGACAGCAGAGAGAGAAACAGAGAGGAAGAGAGAGAGAGAGAGAGAGAGAGAGAGAGAGAGAGAGAGAGAGAGAGAGAGAGAGAGAGAGAGAGAGAGAGAGAGGAAAUUGAUCCACAAGUUCGUUCUAACCUGAGGAAAGUCAAAUCCCUGGAAGCCCGCAGAGACAAGAGGAAAAGAUACAGACGCCAGAAACUCCUCUCUCUCUCCCUCACCACCUAAAUCUCCUUGCUCGCAAAUUCCUGGUCCCCUGUGUGGCCUUGUGGAGAUAAUAUGUUGUUCUUCGCUCUCCUGUUAAAGGUGACUUGGAUCCUGGCUGCAGACAGGGGUCACCACUGGACGUACGAAGGCCCACACGGUCAGGACCACUGGCCAACCUCUUACCCUGAGUGUGGAGGCGAUGCCCAGUCCCCCAUCAACAUUCAGACAGACAGUGUGAUAUUUGACCCUGAUCUGACUGCUGUACAGCCCCAUGGAUAUGACCAGCCUGGUACUGAGCCUUUGGAUCUACACAAUAAUGGCCAUACAGUGCAGCUCUCCCUGCCCUCUACUCUGCACCUGGGCGGACUGCCCCGGAAAUACACAGCAGCCCAGCUCCACCUGCACUGGGGUCAGAGAGGAUCCCAAGAGGGCUCCGAGCACCAGAUCAACAGCGAAGCCACGGUGGCAGAGCUCCACGUGGUCCAUUAUGACUCGGAGUCCUAUGGCAGUCUGAGAGAGGCUGCUCAGAAGCCUCAGGGCCUGGCUGUCCUAGGCAUCUUAAUUGAGGUGGGCGAGACUGAGAACCCGGCUUACGGUCACAUUCUGAGUCAUCUGCACGAAAUAAGGCAUAAAGACCAGAUGACCUCAGUGCCCCCCUUCAAUGUGAGAGAGCUGCUCCCCCAACAGCUGGAGCAGUUCUUCCGGUACAACGGCUCACUCACGACCCCACCCUGCUACCAGAGUGUCCUCUGGACAGUCUUCCACAGAAGGGCCCAGAUUUCAGUGGAACAGUUAGAACAGCUUCAGGGGACGCUGUUCUCUACGGAAGAGGAGCCACUUGCGCCCCUCAUACAGAACUACAGAAUCCCCCAGCCUCUCAACCAGAGGACCAUCUUUGCUUCCUUCGUCCAAGCGGGACCAUUGUAUACCACAGGAGAGAUGCUGGGUCUAGGUGUGGGAAUCUUGGCUGGAUGUCUCUGCCUUCUGCUGGCUGUUUAUUUCAUUGCUCAAAAAAUUAGGAAGAAGAGGCUAGGAAGCAGGAAGAGUGUGGCCUUCACCUCGGCACGGGCUACCACAGAGGCAUAAACCCCGUCUCCAUGCCAUGGACACCUUCCCCUCAUACCCAUCAGGGGUCUAAGGGGGUGCAGGGGCUGGACUAGAAGUAGCAGGCAGACACAUGUCCUUCUCCAUACCAACUCUGCACACAAACGCCAGAAAAGCAAGGACCCAGGGCUUCAAGGAAGAGCGGAGUCUCUGGCCUUCCAAAGCACGUAGGUCAGGAGAUCCCUGCUUUAACAGGCAGCUAUGAAGAAGCUGAGACGUGCCCUGAUGUCCCUCACCUCACACCUUCAUGGACCCUCCCCUAGACACACCUAGAUACAUGUCUAGGAAAAAGCUGCUGCUGGAAGUUUAGUUAUUUUUUUUGCUCAAUAUAUGUUUGAAAAUCUUACUUCUGGUUGUCUUUUGUGCCUUUCAAGGGUGGGAGAGUUCCUCUGUCCUCUGGGUGGCCGAGGCAGACAUAGAGAAAAAGAAAACUGGGGAAUUAACUCCUUGUACCCUCUUCCUGGACAGGGGCACUCUACUCCUGGGAAAGCCAACUCAGUUCCACCGGUGCCUCUGACAUCACACCCAAGCUGCCACCAGUGAACACUGUUGUCAGGCUAGGCAGGAGGAUGGACGGAAGCCACCAAGGGCUAGAAAUCUCAAUCCAUUAUCCCUUCUCUUAAAAGCCAAGUUCCCCCACAAUUAUAAAGUCCUUUUUAUUAGUCAAAAUCACAAUCACCUUGAUUAAAAGGAUGGGACAUCCCACCCUUGGCAGAAAAAUGGUACAGUGGUAGAAACCCUCCCAGCCCUCCCACAGCCCAGUUAAAAACUAGAAAAAUGUCUGCCUGCUUGGCCUGCGAUGCCAUGGUAGUCUGACUCCUCCAGGGGCACUGCCAUGGAGUGGGCCAAUCCCACAAUACCCUCCACUUCACCUUGGGGAGAGGAGGGGUGCUGAUGGUCACGGACGUUAAAACAUGAGUUCCAGUGGUACCAGUUUCCCAAACAUGCACUUCCUUCCUUUUCCCCAGGGCCUGGGACCAAGGGGAAAAUGGGACAGAACUGAGCCAUGAUCAGCAGUUUCAGGAGCAAAAAUACAGCCCAAGGAGGUUAGGAGGCUCCCAAUAGACCUCCUCACUCCCCCGACUUUAAAAAAAAAAAGGCAUUUCUGGGGUCUUUAUCAUACCAAAAA